AUGAAAAUUCGUAGUGUGAGAGCAGUAUCUCAUACAGAUAUUUGUAAAGGUCAUUUAUUCAACUUAGUUGAUGAAAUGCAUCUCAUUGAGAUCCUAUAUGACAAAGAGGACAUGUUUACUAGAGUUUUCAAGACCGUCGCUCAACGCCUCAAGUUCCGACUGAACUUAUAUGAGCUGAAAGAAGGUCGGCAGAUCAAGCCUUACACGCUCAUGAGCAUGGUGACCAACCUCUUAUAUGAGAAACGGUUUGGUCCCUACUACACUGAGCCUGUCAUUGCUGGCUUGGACCCAAAGACCUUUAAGCCGUUCAUUUGCUCUCUGGACCUCAUUGGCUGCCCCAUGGUGACGGAUGACUUUGUGGUCAGUGGCACCUGUGCUGAACAAAUGUACGGCAUGUGUGAGUCCCUCUGGGAACCUAACAUGGAUCCAGACCACUUAUUUGAAACCAUCUCUCAAGCCAUGCUGAAUGCUGUGGAUCGGGAUGCAGUGUCUGGGAUGGGAGUCAUUGUCCACAUUAUUGAGAAGGAUAAAAUCACUACCAGAACGCUGAAGGCCCGAAUGGACUAA